AGAGCCCCUCACCAACAUCAAGGAACCUUCCUUGAGGGGAAAGCUUAAUAAAGCGUCAGUUUUGGUGGCCCUGAGUAACCCAACAACAACAACUACAACAGUAGACAGCUAACACGUGUUUGGAAAGUUUUCCUCAUCACUAACUUCAGAAUGAGUGAGUUUAGCCUAAGGCGACAGGCAAGACUUCGUCGAGAAUAUCUGUACCGCAAGAGUAUGGAGGGUCGUCAUGCUGCUAUGCAGCAGAGGAAAGACACAAUCAAAGCAUCACUGAAAGAGGGUAAAGAAAUUCCCACUGCCCUGCAAAAGAAGGCUUUGAGGCUCAUGGCUGCUGGUGAUUGGGAUGACCCUGGACCUCAGUUAGCUGUAGAACUGGGUGGAGAAGCUGCAGGUGGUUCAACCAAUGUUGAUGAUGAGUACAGAUGGGCUGGUGUGGAAGACCCCAAGAUUGUCAUCACAACAUCCCGAGAUCCAUCGUCUAAACUUAAACAAUUUGCAAAGGAAGUGAAGCUUUUGUUUCCCAAUUCUCAGCGCCUAAAUCGAGGUAAUUAUGCAAAUAAGCAGCUGGUGGAGGCAUGUUGUGCAAAUCAGGUGACAGACUUCAUCAUUUUGCAUGAAACCAGAGGCAAUCCAGAUGGACUGGUCAUCAGUCACCUUCCCAAUGGUCCAACAGCAUAUUUCACCCUAGCAGAUGUUGUGAUGCGUCAUGAUAUUCCCAACAUCAGCACCAUGUCUGAGCAAUAUCCACACCUUAUCUUCCACAACUUUAAGACUAAGUUGGGAACCCGGACACUCAACAUUCUCAAGUAUCUGUUUCCAGUUCCUAAAGAUGAGAGCCAAAGAGUUGUUUCUUUCAUUAAUUGGGAUGACUGGAUCCUUUUCAGACAGCAUAUUCACAAGAAAGUUGAUGGUGGAAAAGACCUUACUCUUCAUGAGAUAGGCCCACGCUUCAGUAUGAAAUUAUAUCGCAUCAUUAUGGGAACCAUGGAUAAGGAGAGGGCUGCAGAUACAGAGUUUGUUCUUCGACCCUACAUGAACACUGCAAAAAAGAGGAGAUUCUUGUCAGAUGAUGAUCCCUGGUAGAUGAGUGGUAUCAGAAUAAAAAGAAUUGUUGAAUAAUAUUCAGUGAUUCAUGUACUGUAUCGGAUUUUACAACUUGGUUUUAGUCUGGACAAAAUUAUGAGGGUGGCAACGGAUGGCGUUGUGUGUAGUGAACACUCACGUUGUUUACAUAGCAGUUGUUGGUGGUGAUCCCUUGAUUUUGUGCAUUUCUUAGUGCAUUUUGCUAACUUUUAACCCUAGCUAUGGCUAGGGUUAGGUUAAUAGCUCUACUAACUUGUCAAUAGCUAUGGCUAUUAAUGAGUUAAUUGAGCUGUCAGGUACGUAGUACUACACUGCUUUUUAUACCUACAGUAAUUCUUUUUAAGCACAGUAUAUUAUUGUACCUGUUUCAUUUAUAUUAAUGUUUAAGUUUCUAGCAAACCCUGGUGCUUUAGAGACACAAGAAUUAUUAUUGUUCAAUUAUUAUUACAUGAUCUGUGUUUGUCUUGUAAAAUCAGUAUUCUGGCAAGAUUUAUUAACCAGCGGUACCGGGAAAUCAGUGUUGUACCUGUACUACAGUAAAUUUUAAUUGUCAAA